AUGUCUCACAUGGCGACUAGACCAUUGGCUCUUGCGGCUAUUGCCGCGCUUUUUCACCAGGUUGCUUCUCAGCAAGCCCCUACCCCAGAUAAUACAGUUUCUCUGCCGACCUGGAAAUGUACAAGCUCCGGCGGCUGCGUUCAACAGUCGACAUCUAUAGUAGUGGAUUGGGUGUAUCACUGGAUCCACACAGUCAAUGGGAGCACAUCGUGCACCACAUCCAGUGGAUUGAACUCAGCUCUAUGUGGAACGGAAAAGGAAUGCUAUACAAACUGUGAAAUUUCACCUGCCACCUACGAUGGCCUUGGUAUAAGAGCUUCUGGAAACGCUUUAACCCUCAAUCAAUAUGUCACCAGCAAUGGAACGACCAAUAGCGUUUCCCCGCGUGUAUAUCUUCUGGAUCCCGCCGGAAAAAAUUAUGAGAUGUUGCAGCUUCUCGGUCAAGAGAUUAGCUUUGACGUAGAUGUCUCUAACUUACCAUGCGGCGAAAACGGUGCUCUUUACCUCUCUGAAAUGGAUGCGACUGGAGGUCGAAGCCAGUACAAUCCUGCCGGAGCUUCAUACGGCUCUGGUUACUGUGAUGCUCAGUGCGGCACGGGAUCGUGGUUCAAUGGCUCAAUCAACACCGGUAGCCUAGGUUCUUGCUGUAACGAAAUGGAUCUAUGGGAAGCAAACUCCCAGGCCACGGCUUUGACGCCUCAUCCAUGCAGUGUCGAUGGUCCGUAUGGCUGCUCUGGUAGCGCAUGUGGUUCAACCGGAGUGUGUGACAAGAAUGGCUGUGGAUUUAACCCAUACGCCCUUGGGGACCACAACUACUACGGCUCGGGUUAUACAGUGGACACAAGUAAGCCUUUUACCGUUACAACACAGUUCGUGACCAGUGAUGGCACAAAAACCGGAGCCUUGACCGAAAUUCGUCGAUCUUACGUUCAGAAUGGCAAGGUUAUUGCGAAUGCUGUUGCGUCCUCGUCGUCCGGCGUUUCAGGGGCAAAUUCCAUCACAGAAUCUUUCUGUACUACGAUGGACUCCGAAGCCGGGACACUUGGAGGUCUGAGGACAAUGGGUGAGGCCCUCGGUCGUGGCAUGGUCCUCAUCUUUAGCAUUUGGAAUGAUGCAGGCGGAUCCAUGAACUGGUUAGACAGUGGUAACUCGGGUCCAUGCAGUAGUACCGCAGGAGUUCCAUCCACCAUUCAGGCGAAUGACCCCAGUACUUCGGUUACUUUCUCAAACAUCAAGUGGGGUGAUAUUGGAUCUACAGGUCCUAGCCCUGGAGGAAGCAGUUCAUCAUCGUCGUCGUCGUCGAAAUCGUCGUCGACGACAAUUUCAAUUACCCACAGUACGACAUCAUCAUCAGCAACGACAACUACAACUAGCACUGGAGCAACUCAGACUCAUUGGGGCCAAUGCGGGGGCACGGGUUACUCUGGUCCUACUGCUUGCGCCCCUCCGUACACCUGUAAAGCGCAGAAUCCGUACUAUUCGCAGUGCCUGUAG